ACGGGGUCUGUGCACUAUUUACAUGAGCGGAGACGCGCGUGGUGCGCUGUCAUUUGAGUGCGCGUAAAAAGGCGCUGGACUCACAUUACAGCCAUGAGCAGUGGGCACGUUCAUGUGAAAUCUUCCUGAUGCGGACAUCUCCUUGGUCAGAGUUACUUCUAACGGACAGUGCUUUUCAUCAUGUUACCCAUCGUCCUCGUCCUGUUUUCACUGCGUAUUUACAGUGCGUUUUACACGGGACCUUUGCACCCUGAAAUGUCCAACGGGACGUUUCACCACUACUUUAUCCCGGACGGCGAUUACGAGGAAACCGAGGACCUGGAGAAAUGCCAGCUGCUUUUCAGAUGGCCGGACCGCAGACCGUGUCCACUAGAGGAGGACCAGGACGCGAUUAUCCGCGAUGAUUUUAUCAUCAUCAAACAACAGACAGAAGACGCGGCGCGCGUUUUGGAGAGCCUUGGAAUAACCAUUUCUUACGAUCUGGACGGCGAGGACAGUUAUGGAAAAUAUCUGAAUAGGGAAAUUGUGCAGAUCAACGACGCUUUUACCAACGUGGAAAAGUCGCUUCGGGAGCUCGAGACUAAAUUUAAGCAAAGCCAGGAGAAUGAACAAAGAGAAGAGAGCGAGUUUCAUAACUUCAUCCAGCCCAUGUAUAACGUUAAAGACACUCUCCAGGAGACUUUGGACAUCUCAUCCGGACUAAAAGAUAAACAUGAACUCCUCUCUUUGAUCAUCAGGAGCCAUGGAUCGAGAUUAAGCCGGCUCAAAAACGACUACCUGAACGUUUAGACUCUGCUUUUCAUGUUGAACUGUUACUUUAACAUCUUUAAUUUCCAAAUGAUUUAAGGGUGACAUGGAAAUGUAAGGGGACUUGGAAAUCAUUAAUGUUUAAUUUGGGGGUUUGGGCAUAGGGUUUGUGCUUUAUGAAGAUUAAAUAGUUUAGUUCAAUAAUUUAAAAAAUGAAUAAGAAAUGAUUUAUUCUUGCUUAUUAUAGUUACUUAUUAUUUUAAUUUCACUUUGCACAUAUAUGUAAAAGUGUCCAAAGCUAUUAUGCAGCCUGCGCUGGUUAAUAAAUAGCUCUUUACUGUAACAA